CAGCACACUUUUUCGCUUCACAUCGCUUCGCUCCACCGAAAAGUGAUACACACGGAAAAAUCGCAAGCAUUCAUUCACCGAAUACAGAGGCGAGAAGCGCGACCGCCUGCAAGAAACGUGCCAUAAAAGGCAACCGAAAAAUAGUGGAGACCACUCAAAAUUAACUGUGAAUCGCAGAGAUAACGGUGCAAUUUGACUUUUUGUUUGUGUGUGUGCAACUGUAAAGGAGGAAAAUACAUAUUAAAACCAAGCGAACGUUCUGCAUUUCCAUUCGUAUCUGUGUGCGCAAGUGUGCGUGUGUGUUGGGGCCACGUGAAGGCGAAGGCGCGCAACAACAGCGAGCGGAGGGGAAAGAGAGGGAGCGGUAGAGGUAGAGAAAGUGACAGUGACAGUGACAGUGCUGGUAGAAAAGCGAAACCGAAAGUGAAAAUUGAAUACGAACAGCAACGGGUGCGGAUCCUUCAACAGCCGUAAUCUGUUGAAUAUAGAAUGACGUUGCACACAAAAAUCAAUGUGAGGCAUAAAAAAGAAACAGCAAAAGCAACAGUAACAGCAGCAACGGUAACGGUACCAUCAGCAGCAGCAACAACAACGCGCUUUUCGCACAGAUAAAGAGAGCGAGAUAGCUCAAGCUUAAGCAGCGUAAGAAGCGGAGCAGCAGCUAACGGUACCCAAAUCGCGAAGUCAGCGCAGUCAAGUGCAACAGCAGUUACAACAACAACAUCGCCUGCUUUUUUGCAUCAUCCUUCGCUUUAAUAACUGUUGAAGGCAAAGUCGGUGGGACAGAGACAGAGUCAGGACCAAACGCCGAGAAAGAGAGAGAGAGGAGGGAAAGAGGAAGUCAAAACGAGCGGAAGAGGAAGCAGAUAAACGAAAUGAAGCCAUCGGAUUUGUUGUUGGUCCUGGAGAAGGUCAAGUUCAGGGUGCCCCUGCCGCCGGGAGUCAGCUCGACGACGCUUCUGCCGAAGCUCAUCCGCACCAAGGACGUGAAGCAGCUGCAGGACGGCAACGCACAGCCACAGAAGCCCAAGCUAACGAAAUGUCUGAACACGCUGGACCUGACCUCGCUGGGCAUUGGCUCCUGCUGCGGCACGGGCAUGUACCUGGUGGCCGGCAUGGUGGCCCAGAAGAUAGCCGGACCCGGUGUGAUUAUUAGUUUUAUUAUAGCCGCCAUAGCGAGUAUAUUCUCAGGCGCCUGCUAUGCGGAGUUUGGCGUUCGUGUGCCGCACACAUCCGGCUCGGCCUAUAUGUAUUCAUAUGUGGCGGUUGGAGAAUUUGUAGCUUUUAUAAUUGGUUGGAACAUGAUAUUGGAAUAUCUAAUAGGAACAAGUGCCUGUGCCUGUGCGUUAAGUUCUAGUUUCGAUUCCCUGACUGGCAAUACCAUAGCGCGUACGAUAAGCGAGUCCAUUGGCACGAUAUUCGGCAAACCGCCGGACUUUAUUGCCUUUGGUAUUACACUGCUGAUGACUUGCGUUUUGGCGAUGGGCGCCAGCAAGUCGGUCAUUUUCAAUCACUCCCUUAAUGCCAUCAACCUGGCCACGUGGGUGUUCGUGAUGGCCGCUGGGCUCUUCUAUGUGGACACCAAGACGUGGUCGGAGCACCAGGGUUUUCUGCCCUAUGGCUGGAGUGGCGUAUUUUCUGGUGCCGCCACCUGUUUCUAUGCAUUUAUCGGUUUCGAUAUCAUUGCGACAACCGGUGAGGAGGCGCACAAUCCGCAAAAGAGCAUUCCCAAGGCGAUUGUUGGUUCUCUGGUCGUAGUGCUAAUUGCCUACGUCAGCGUUAGUCUAGUCCUUACUUUAGUGGUUCCCUAUGAUCACAUCAAUACGGGAGCAGCACUGGUGCAGAUGUGGUCGUAUGUGAAUGCUCCCAAGUGCCGUGCUGUGGUAGCCAUUGGCGCCACUGCCGGCCUCUCGGUGGCUAUGUUCGGCUCAAUGUUCCCCAUGCCGCGCGUCAUCUACGCCAUGGCCCAGGACGGUCUGAUCUUCAGGCAACUGUCACAGCUGUGGCAGCGCACCAAUGUGCCCGGCUUGGCAACGAUCGGCAGCGGAGUGGCCGCCGCUCUGGUCGCUCUUACCGUGCGCCUGGAGAUCCUCGUCGAGAUGAUGUCCAUUGGCACUCUGCUGGCCUAUACGCUGGUAUCCACCUGUGUGUUGGUUCUGCGCUAUCAGCCGCACAGCACCUCGCUGGUGGAGCUGCUGCCAGCCCAGCUGCGCACUCCGGUGGCGCCUGGUACAGCCAGUGAUUCCCGCGCCCAUGUCACACCCGCCGAGGUGCUGGAGGUGCCCGGGAAGCUGACCAUCAAGCGCGUGACACGUGGCAUGUCCGACUCAGACGACUCCUUCAUCGAUGACAGCCCAGAGGGCUUCCUAGGUGGACGCGAUGAUCAGUUUCUGGUCUCCGAUCGAUCCGAGAAUAAGUUCUAUGGCAGUGUGCAUGGAGCACCGACUGGACCCACCGGCCAGGCGACAGCCUUCGAUGCCAUGGGCCUGAACUUUGUUACCCGGAAGAUUCAUGACUAUGCGUACCUGUGCCCCGGCUUUUUCCCCUGGAUAAAUCCCGGUCAGGCCACCACCGAAAGUGGCAUGUACGUCACCAAGCUAGUGGGCAUCAUGUUCGGUCUCAUAUUCUUCCUGGACCUGUUCGCGGCCAUUGGGUGGUCCGGUGGCCUCGCCGCAUUCAUUUAUUUCAUUUUGUUUAUCGGCAUAUUUGUGAUACUAUUGAUUAUAUCGAGGCAGCCGCAAAAUAGAUAUGCGCUGGCUUUCCUUACGCCCGGACUACCGUUCAUCCCGGCCAUUGCCAUUACGGUGAACAUCUAUCUGAUAUUCAAGCUGAGCAUCCUUACGCUCGUCCGCUUUACCGUCUGGAUGUCGCUGGGUUUCGUCAUGUAUUUCUACUACGGCAUCACGCACAGCAGCCUGGAGCAGGCCAGCGAUGAUCUGGAAUUGCAUGUGGACAAGGAUUAUAGCAAAAACGUCGAGGAGAAGGCCGUGUGGGAUCAACAGUCGUAUAACCAGACCCAUGAGCCCGUCUGGGCCAGCAAGGAAGUGAAGCAGCCUUCGAAGCAACGCUAUAACUAUGGAAAAUCAUCGACGGCUUCAUCGUCGGCACAGGGCACCUCUAGGGGAGGCACCGAAAGCGGAAGCAGUGCGGCGACAAAGGCGCCGGGCAGAAACAGUGCUGGCCCCACACGACCCGUGCCGCCGCCACCGCCCACUGGCGUUGGCCAGACAAAGGGUCCGCCGAUGGAGCGCCAAUAUACCGGCCAGUUCAGCAUGUUUGUGGACGAGGGUCAGUUCCCGACGUGGGAGGACUAAGCUGUUGUUGCCACCAGAAACUACCAACACGGAGUCCCAGUAUGUUACAAUUCCCAGUCCCAACCACGAUCCUCAUUCCCGUAAGAAAAGCAGCGUUAGCCCAAACCAAGCUCGAUCUCGAUGGCAGUCGAUGGAGAAGGACCUCUCUAUCUCCUCUGCCGGGUGCUGCUCACUCACUUGUAAAUACGAUUAGAGAUGUUAAGUUUAACGAUAUAUGGCCAGGUGUGUCGCUACCGAGAGGCAGAAGCAGAAGCUACAGCAUUCCCCAUUUACAAGGCUUGAUUAAGAGCCAAGAGGGGCGACGGCGGAGUCACUGUUCACCGUUCACUGUUCACCGUGCACUGUGCUCCGUGAGUCGCGAGCUCACCAUUAUACACCAUAUCAUAUACCAUUUACAAUAUAUAUAUAUAUAUACAUAAUAUAUAUUGAUUAUACAAACAAAUAUAUAUAUACAUAUAUAGCGAAAAGGGUUAUUAGUUCAGCAAAGAGUUACAGUGCAAAGUUAUCGAAUUCCAUUUACCCGAAAACCUUGCGAUUAGCAAUAAGCGAGAGAAUCGAGAAAGCAAAACCAACAGAUAUCCGAUAGCCAAUAAACGAUUGUGCUCAAGACCGAUUGACCAUCGUUUUGGGUGACGUUUGUCAAUCGGCAUUUAGCACAAGACCCAGGAUACCCGCCCCAAGUAAUACCAGUAAUACAUAUGUAUGCAUAUUUUGUGAACUUGUUCAGCACGGAGAGGAGCAUAUGACGUCCUCGUGCAUAUAUCCAUCCGUGGCGGUGCGUUUGGGGACUGGCAACUUCGUGCACAACUGUACAUUCUAGGCACCAACACAACAGCAGCUGCAGUGCCCCACACUCACCGCCACGCAGGCAGUAUAGUUGAUACCCUGGGUUUUUGGAGAGAUCAGGGCCGCAGGGAAAGAUCAGGAGUACGGCCUACGGACUACCCACACUAUGAGAUCUAAAAGAAACACGUACCUUAUGUAUUUAUGAUUCUAUUGUUGUUUACAUAUAUAUUUACGCUAUGCAUUUUAUACGGCGCUGGGUGGUACUGUCAACCGUCCCAAGCCCCCCGUCGUCGUCUCACUCGAUCUAUCUCAAAAUGUUAUUUGUUUUAAUUUUUUGUAUCCUAGAGGCUCGCUCGCGCUAAGCUAAAACUCAUUUUUAAGCGGCAUUUCGCAUUCGUUGUAAUACAAUAAUUCAUUUUACUUAUCGAAUACCAAGGCAAAACCAAAAUUAUAUGAAUAUGCAUAUAUAUUUAUGAGAAUUACCAUAUAAACAAAUACCAAAGGAAUACCAAAUAUUUACUUAUCGAAGCUAUUCAAACUUAAACCAAGAAUAUAAACGAUGGCAAGCAUAAAACUACAAAUAUGUAUAAACACGAGGAUAACUUAAACAAAAAUCAAAUAAUGAUGAUGAUGAUGAUGAAAGCAAAAACAAAAACUAAAACAAAAAAAAUAACAUUUACAUUUACGUACGAGCAUACUUUUUUCCACUUUAUAUACUAUGUACAAGCAAACCAUGCGUAACUAACUAUUUUUAACUAAAUUACACACAAGUAUAUGGCAAAGUUAAAGCAAAAUCAACAAAUUUUUAAGAAUAAUAAUACUUCUGAUCAUUUAUUCGAAUUUGUAUUCCACGACUCUGUACAUACACAAAAUCCCCACACAAACACAACACGAACACAAGCCAGAACUCAAUGACCUAGGGUUAGUUCUCGACUCGAUCUAGCCCCGCAACAGCGCAAAACAACUAUUUAUAUACGAACCUACCGUCUAAGACAUUCGAUUUAUAGCUUAAUUUCGACUGAUUUCGUUCGAUUACACUCCCCUCCAUUCCAUAUUUAAUCUCCAGUUCAAUCCGUUAAUCCAUUCAAUUUCGAGUGCCAAAUCAAUAUGCACGACGCACUCCCUAAACCAGUAGGUAGCAGCAAUCGAACAACUGAAUACAGAUAUCGAACUAUGUAUGCAGUUAAUCACGCACUCACUUCAAAUUCCUGGUUUCUCUGGACCAACUACUUAAGCUAUAGUCCUGCACUAUGAACUACAUGCAUAUAUGUAUUCAAGCCACACUUUAGUUAAACGAAAUAUCGAAUUGUCAAAACCUAAAGCGAUGAAUUGGUUCGAUAACACGAUUUGUACAUACACCAGAGGCAUACAGGCAGAGAAACAGUGCGUAUGUAUAUUUUUAUGAACGCUACACGACAAAGAAUCAACUAUAAAGAAACGAUACUCAGAAGCAGAAGCAUCAACUAAAGAAUAACAUAUCCUACCACACAGCUUAAAGUUGAGACCUCUAUCUAAUGGAACCUGUCGAGCCCACAUUCCUCCGAUAGUUUCGAUAGCCGACCGCCAUUUACCACCGACCAAGACAGUCCCAUAACGAGCUAGAGUCGAUAUUUUUUUCCUUUACACAGUUGGGUCAAACCUUUUAGUUGAACUGAAGAAUUUACGCGGACUAAGGUGUAUGUUAGCGGCAACUGUCUGCCGGGUGUGCGCUCGGAAGAGGUCCCUCCCGAUAUGGUACAUAUUUAUGUAACAACAGAUACGGCUCAGUACAGGCAAUCCAGCAACUGCGGGCUAAAACAGCUUGCUCUUCCACCUUUCGGCUAUUUCGGUACCACCAAGUUAAGAUAACUGUUAUGGGAAUAUGAUAGAUUUAAUAGAUUUUCUACAGUUCCAAUUUGAAGCGAAUAGAAUGAAACAAAUCAAGUAAACUUAACAAUAUAUCGAUAAAUGUGAAGGGAAAAACAAAAAGCUUCCGUUGACAAACGUAUGCAUUUUACUAUAACCUAUGGUUUACUUUAUUAAUCCUUCGAACGGAGAAAUAAGAACAACAAAAAACUAAACACUUGAGAAAAAGAAACAAAGAACAAAAAAACACAGGGAACACUUACUCUUACUCUACUGUCUGUGUAUGCUCACUGUAAUUGUAACUGCAAGAGUGACAGUAACUUUAACAGUAACUGUAAAAUUUGCUUUAAGAGUAACUUUAAUAGUAACUGUGGCAGUAACUGUAACUUUAACUGACAACUGUUGGCAGGCUGAGAAUAAGAAUCAGAAAAGGAACAGCACACCGAAACCGGAAGUGACGGAACAGGAAGGACGCACAUAAACACGCAUAGACAAGCACACAUGCCGAAACACAAGUAUUUGAUGACAAUUCUAAAACCGAAAGCAACGCCAACCGAUAUUUACCAAAGAGCCAAGCCUAAUUAUGACAAACAACUAUAAAUAAUCCACAUUUGAUUGUUUGAUUGAUUGGAAAAUGCAUUAGACGAUUGUUUCUUUGAUUGAUUUACCAGCUGAAUAUAACGUACCUAAGUUUUUGUUUAUUUCAUAAGACUGAAUUACUGGAAUAUGAUUUAUUUUAAACGUGUAUAUAAUUAAGGUCUAAUAGCAAACUUUACAACUUUUACUAAUGAAGCAUCAAAAUUUUUGAAAUUAUUCUGUACUAAUUUAUCUAAACGAAAAUCUAAGAAAAAUUCAAAAAAAAAAAAGGGAGAAGAAAUCGACGAGAAAAAGUGAUGAAGGAUGACGGAGUCGAGAGCGAAUGAAGUUAAUAUACAACUUUUAACGUAUGCGGGAAAGUCCCGAUAUGAUGAUACAUAUAUA